AUGAGCUCCGCGGUCAGCCGACUGAUCGAGAGCAUCCGCGGCAGGGUUGCUUUCGUGGCGGCGCAGGCUGGGGCAGGCAUUGGACGAGAUGCCCUCCAAGAGUCUCAGGUGCAGGCCAUCUGCACUUCGAUAGCUGAGACAGCUGGCAAGCUCACUGUAGACGAGGGGACUGUCCUGACCUCGGAGAUAAAUGGUGGCCCAUGGACGUUACCUCAGAAGCAGAGGAUGGCAACAACCAUAUGCGACACUAUCAACAAGGUCGGUGGCGCCACCCAGGCAAGAUGCCAGCGAACCAACGAGUGGCUGCAUAACUACUUCCUGGAGGAGGACUGGCAGAUCUUCACCAACACCGAGUACUCGAUGGAUGCGAAGAUCAGGGUCAUGGGGGGCCGCAUGUGGCUGGUCGGCAUGAGCUGCCCGCAGGAGAAGGUCCUCGAGCAGGGGGGCGCCAUCCUCGUCGCGUUGAACAUGGGCCCCGACAGCACGCCCGCCCAUGAGAAGAUGGCCAUCUGCAAGAAGAUCCAGACCACGAUCAAGGAAAUGGACAAGAAGAACGGCAAGAAGCACCCGUUCGAGCACAGGCGGCGGUUCCCUCCCAAUCCUCGGACUGAGUUGCCAGCGCAGCUCUUGAUCUACGCGUGCGGCACCGACAAGCUCCCCGUCGAGCCUCCUGCGGGCGUCGACUUGGGCGUCGACUCCAACGGCAUGUGCUACCGCAAGACCCAUAAAUCUCUGAGGGCGACGCCGACGGCACCGCCCAUGAAUCUCGGAAAUCUGUCUACGGCGACGGGAUCAGGUGGCGAUCAGAUGGCACAGAUGUUCGCCAUUGCUGCGGCGGCACUUCAGAACAUGAUGGGCGGCGGAGGCUCGCCGAUCACGCUCUCGGACAUGCGGCCGAGGCCUCGUAAGCCAGCACAGACAAUGACCGAGGGCACGGUGGACGGCCCACCUGAUUCGCCGACGUCGCAGCUCGCCAUCCUUGACGGGUCACCGCCACCGACUGCAACCACGCCGCUAUCGACAGCGACCUCACCGACGGCACUCACAUUCACGCCAUCGACCGAGACCAGACUCACGCCGCCGACCAAGUCGCCCAAGGAGUCGCCCAAGGAGUGGGUCGCCUACCUCGGCGGCAACACGCAGCCCGCCGAGCCCUACGACCCCGCCGCAGAGCUCGAGGUGGCCAUGAGGAAAAGUGCAGCUGUGGCCAAGGUCGACUAUUCCCAUCUGCUCCAAAAGAGCGACAUCAAGGGCCGCGCUGUCAACUGCUAUUGCUCGCGCGCGUACAAGGGUGCCCAGACGUUGGCAAAGAGGGAGGGGUACACUGCCGCUCAGGCCAAUCUCGCUGCGAAGGCUGCGCGGGCGAAGGCCGAG